AUGUUUCUUGAUUGGGUUCAGGCCAUGGAAGACUAUUUCGCCUGGUACGACUUGACGGAUGCUCAUAAACUUCGCAUUGGUAAGAUGACGCUACAGGGAGCCGCUAGACAAUAUUGGAAUUCUGUGGAGGAGCAACUAUACCAAUUUGGACAGCCACCUGUGACUCUUUGGGAUGAGAUGAAAUUAAAGCUUCGUGAACAAUAUCUUCCCACCUUUUAUCGCCAGCAAUUGUAUGAACAAUUAUGGACCCUUUCGCAAGGAAGUUUGACCGUUACUGAAUUCCACGCUCGUUUUAUCGAACACAAGAUACGUGUGGGAAUUCGUGAAGAACCCGACAUCACUAUGUCUCGCUUUCUCCAUGGUCUUCGUGAUGAUAUCAAACGUGAAGUCCGGCGGUCCCGUCCGCAUACUUUAGAAGACGCAUAUUGCCACGCAUUGGAAGCUGAAACUUUUUUGCGUCCACAACGUAGAUAUACAGGGCAUUCUGGGCACUCUUCCACUCCUACUCCAAACCGUAGUACUCCUAACUCUAAAUAUGGCGUUGCCGGUCCACCUGCUCCUCCGAUACCCACAACAGAAAAAGGACCAGCCCCAUCCACGGCUGCUCACAUCGAAUGCUAUCGAUGCCACGCUCAGGGCCACAUCGCCUCCCGUUGUCCCCACAGAACUUUAACCCUUGGCUCCCUCGAUGAGGACUCUUGUGUGGACGAGUAUGUGGAGCCCCUUGAACCUGUUUAUGAUCCAGACCUUGAUAAUUGUUGUGAGGAGGAGGCAUUUCACCAACUGAGUGUUAUGCGUUGUAUUUAUUCCGCACCUGCAUCUCCACCUCCUGAUUCAUGGAAGCGCACAAGUAUCUUUCAAACCUCUGUCCCUUGCGGUACCAAUAGAUGCCAACUAGUUAUUGAUGGGGGAAGUACGCUGAAUGUUAUCUCUAAAACUGCUGUCAAUCGCCUUCACCUUCAGGCCGAGCCACACCCCCAUCCUUUUCAUGUUGGCUGGGUAGAUAAAACCAGGUUACCUGUUACCGAAAGAUGCCUUGUUCCUCUUCAAUUGGGUCCCUGUCACGAGCAACUUUAUUGUGAUAUCCUACCCAUGAGUGUCGCACAUGUGCUACUAGGUCGACCUUGGCUUUAUGACCGUCAUGUGAAAAGUUGCGGCAGAGAGAACACCUAUACUUUUCAACAUGAGGGAAAGAACAUCACGCUCAAGCCUUCCAAUCCGGCCAUCAAACCAACUAAGGAUGGUCAGCCAACACUGUCAAUGAAAGAGAAGGCUUCGGAGCAUCGAUUAAGUAUUUUAUCACCUAUAGACUUUGCAAAUGAACUGCAAGACACUGGUGUGGUCUUUGCUCUCUUGCUUAAACCGGCAUCUGAUUGCACCCCCACUCCACUUGCCGAACCCAUACAACAUCUGCUCACUGAAUUCUCUGAUGUCAUACCUGAUGAUUUACCAGAUGACUUACCUCCAGCAAGAGAGAUUCAGCAUGCCAUUGACCUUGUUCCUGGUUCGCAGAUUCCUAAUCUUCCCCAUUAUCGUAUGAACCCACCUGAGCGAGCAGAGUUGAAUAGACAAAUUCGGGGGUUGUUGGCUAAGGUCUUUAUUCAUCAUAGUUUAAGUCCUUGUGCUGUUCCAGUUCUCCUUACCCCCAAAAAGGAUGGCUCCUGGCGAAUGUGUGUAGAUAGUCGCGUCGUCAAUAGAAUUACAGUUAAGUAUCGUUUCCCCAUACCGCGACUUGAAGAUAUGUUGGAUGAUUUGGCUGGUUCCCAAUGGUUUUCUAAGAUAGAACUUCGCAGUGGCUACCAUCAAAUCCGCAUUCGUGAAGGAGAUGAGUGGAAAACCGCGUUUAAAACCCCUGAUGGCUUAUAUGAGUGGCUUGUUAUGCCCUUUGGCAUGUCCAAUGCACCCAGCACGUUCAUGAGGGUGAUGACUCAUGUGUUACGACCUUAUAUUAGCAAAUUUCUGGUAGUUUAUUUUGAUGACAUACUUAUCUACAGUCGCUCUCGGGAGGAACAUCUUCAACAUCUUAGGACAAUAUUCCUUACUUUACAAAAGGAAAAACUGUAUGCCAACUUAAAAAAAUGUUCGUUUCUUCAACCGCAAGUUUUAUUCUUGGGAUUCAAUAUUUCUGCGGCUGGGGUUAGCACAGAUCCUGCCAAGGUGGAGGCUAUUAGUGGUUGGCCAACACCCACGACUUUGACAGAGACACGUAGCUUUCAUGGUCUCGCCUCUUUUUAUCGACGAUUUAUUCCAGGGUUCAGUACUAUUAUGGCACCAAUAACUGAUUGUAUGAAACAAGGUGCUUUUCUUUGGACCCCAGCGGCUGCCAAGGCCUUUACAAUUUUAAAGCAGAAGAUGACCCAAGCACCUGUUCUUCGACAUCCUGAUUUGACUAAGGUCUUUGAAAUCGCAUGUGACGCUUCCGGAGUUGGGAUUGGUGGUGUGCUUAGCCAAGAAGGACAUCCCGUAGCAUACUUUAGUGAGAAGUGGCUACUAUUUUGCACACAAUGA